AUGUACAGCCAGGCCACGCGCAAUGUCGAUCUCACCAAAACCGAGGCCGACCUGGCCAUGCACAUCAAGAAGGCCACUUCCAUCGAGGAGACUGCGCCAAAGAGAAAGCACGUGCGCGCGUGUAUUGUCUACACAUGGGACCAUAAGAACAGCGCAAGCUUUUGGAACGGCGUGAAGGUGCAGCCCAUACAAGCGGAUGAGGUGCAGACGUUUAAAGCGCUGUAUACCGUUCAUAAGGUGCUUCAGGAGGGGCAUCCCAUAGCUCUGAAAGAGGCACAGCAACAUGUCAGUUGGUUGGAGGGACUGUCGCGCGGGCUCGUUGGAGGCAUGGGCUCGCAGGGAGUACGAGGAUACAGCCCGUUGAUUCAGGAAUACAUAUUCUUCCUGGUCUCGAAGCUCAAGUUUCAUCGGGAUCACCCAGAGUUCAAUGGGCUGUUCGAGUACGAGGAAUACAUCUCACUCACAUCGAUUAAUGAUCCGAACGAGGGCUAUGAGACGAUUUCCGAGCUGAUGACUCUCCAAGAUCAAAUCGACAGCUUCCAGAAGCUAGUCUUCGCCAACUUCAGUGGUGGUAGCAACAACGAGUGCCGAAUUAGUGCUUUGGUGCCGUUAGUGCAGGAGAGCUAUGGAAUCUACAAGUUUAUCACGAGCAUGCUUCGUGCUAUGCAUACCACACUUGGAGACGAUGAAGCGCUUUCGCCGCUUCGAGGACGAUACGACGCGCAACACUACAGGCUUGUUCGAUUCUACUACGAGUGCUCGAAUCUGCGUUACCUGACAUCGCUCAUCACGAUUCCAAAGCUCCCACAGGAUCCUCCGAAUCUCCUACAGGACGACGAGAAUGCACCUGCAUUGCCCGCGAGACCGAAGAACGAGCCCGUAACGAAGCCUCGCGACACCCCACCGCCUCAAGUAUCGACCGAUCCCGAGCCGAUCAACGAGUUCUGGAAGAAUGAGCAGGCGCGGCAGCAAGAGGAAUACGAGGCGGAGCAGCGGAGACUACAGCAGCAGUGGGAGGAGGCUCAGCGUUUGCAGCAGCUACAGGCACAACAAGCACAGCGUGACUUUGAGGAGCAGCAGCGCUUGCAGGCGGAACAACAAAGAUUACAGCUCGAACAGCUACAGCGAGAUCAGUACAACCAGCAGUCGCAGGGUCGCAUGGCCGAGCUUGAGCGGGAGAAUCUCAACGCGCGCGCACAGUAUGAGCGUGAUCAGCUUAUGCUGCAGCAGUACGACCAGCGCAUGAAGGCUCUCGAAGGUGAGCUAGCAGCCUUGAACCAAAACUUCCAAUCGCAGACACAGAGCAAGGACGAUCAGAUUCGGGCACUUCAAGAGCAAGUCAACACAUGGCGGACGAAAUACGAAGCGCUUGCCAAGCUGUACAGCCAGUUGCGACACGAACAUCUGGAGCUGCUGCAGAAGUUCAAGGGAGUCCAGCUCAAGGCUGCGUCAGCACAGGAAGCGAUCGACCAGCGUGAGAAGCUGCAACGCGAGCUCAAGACGAAGAAUCUCGAAUUAGCCGAUAUGAUUCGCGAACGAGACCGAGCACUGCACGACAAGGACAGGACCACUGGCGGGCACCGCGAUGAGCUUGAGAAGCUGAAGCGUGAGCUGCGCAUGGCUCUCGACAGGGCUGAUAAUGCAGACCGUGCAAAGGGCAGCGAGUUGUCGUCUAUGCUGUCAAGGCACAACCGGGAGAUUGCCGAUCUUGAAGAGGCACUGCGCAACAAGACCCGCGCGCUGGACGACAUGCAGAUGAGGCUCGGCGAGGGCAGCUCUGAUCUCGAACGACAACUCCGUGAGAAGGAAGAGGAGCUUGAGAUCUACAAGUCCAGUCUUGACGAGGCUCUUCUGGAACUCAACGACUACAAGAACGGCGGAGGCGCGAACGGACCAGCGAUGGACGAGCAGAUCGACGUCAUGCUUCUCGAGAACAUCAAGAAGAUCAACGACAUCAUCGAUUCAGUGCUUCAGGCUGGUGUGCAACGAGUGGACGAUGCCCUCUACGAGCUUGACAGCUCCAUGCAGGCCGGUAACCAGAACGCUAGUGGUCCAUAUGUGCUAUCGCAGAUCGAGAAGGCACAAAGCACUGCCAUGGAGUUCAGCACCGCCUUCAACAACUUCAUCGCUGAUGGUCCUUCGGGCGGACAUGCAGAUGUCAUUCGCACGGUCCACCAGUUCUCGAACGCGAUCGCGGAUGUGCUAUCGAACACGAAGGGUCUGACUCGAUUUGCAAGCGACGACAAGAAGAGCGACCAGCUCGUCAAUGCUGCCCGACGAUCAGCGUCUGAGACUGUUGCGUUCUUCCGUGGCAUCAUGUCAUACCGACUUGAUGGACUGGAGGAUCUCCAGAAGACUGACGUUGUGAUCAACAAGAAUAACGAGGUCCAGGUCGCACUCAACAACCUUUCCAAGAUCGCAGAUGCAUUUGCGCCGAAGUCGAAGGUCACUUCGCAGACUGGUGAUCUAGGCGAGAUUGUCGAUCGCGAGAUGAUGAACGCCGCCAAGGCUAUCGAUGCAGCUACAGAGCGGCUGGCCAAGCUCAUGAACAAGUCUCGUGAGGGCUACUCAACAUACGAGCUCAAGAUCCAUGAUUCGAUCCUUGAAGCCGCUAUCGCAGUCACAAACGCCAUUGCUAAGCUCAUCAAGGCUGCAACAGCAUCACAGCAGGAGAUCGUUAACCAGGGCCGUGGCUCAAGUAUGAGCAAAACCCAGUUCUACAAGAAGAACAACCGCUGGACUGAGGGUCUCAUUUCUGCUGCCAAGGCUGUAGCGACUUCAACUAACACCCUUAUCGAGACAGCCGACGGAGUCAUCAGUGGCCGCAACUCACCCGAGCAGCUCAUUGUGGCCUCCAACGACGUCGCUGCCUCGACCGCACAGCUUGUCGCCGCAUCUCGAGUAAAGGCCAGCUUUAUGUCCAAGACCCAGGAGCGAUUAGAGGAAUGCAGCAAGGCUGUGACCAACGCUUGCAGAAGCCUCGUCAAGCAAGUCCAGAAGAUCAUCGAGAGCAAGAACAAGGAGAACGGCGAGGAUGUGGAUUAUGCGGCGCUCAGCGGGCAUGAUUUCAAGAUCAAGCAGAUGGAGCAACAGGUCGAAAUCUUACAGCUCGAGAACGCUCUGAGCGCUGCGAGACAUCGACUGGGAGAGAUGCGUAAGCUGUCGUAUCAGGAAGAGGACUAG